AUGGGCUACACUUAUGCAGCACCUCUGAAGGCGAUCAGCAAGCUCGGCGGGUGCAAGGCCAAAGUCUUUGUCUUGCUGCCAGCUUGGAAAAGCAAUGCCGUUUGGGCAAACGCUGCGUGUGUUGGACAUCCGAAGAACUUGGAGGCCUUACGAGCCGCAGGUACAGAUGUUGAGGUGCUGCGUGCAUCUUGCAAAUGCCAAGCCAAGCGUGUGCAAGAAGGUGGUGUUCAUGAAUUGACGGAAAAUGGAAGGACACUAAAGUUCACAGGUGCCGCUAAAAGUCUCGCUGAUACGAGCCUUGCCUUGUCUCAUUUGCGAGCUUGGCAUGAGGCGAUAGAGGUAACAGCUGUGCCGGUGCUGGUGCUGAUGGCGGAGGCGACCAUCCAAAGUGUGCAUCGCAUUGGACCAUGGACAAGUCAAAUCUUGGCCGUUGCCACUGCAGCUGCGCAGCGUGGCGAUGCCUUGCUGUGGCUGAGCAAUCCGUGCCGAGCUGAACAUCAACGCAACGCCAUUUCUGUUGAGCAAAGUUGA